GGCAAAUCCAGGCCGAAAAAGAAAAUAAAGAAAAGUUCAGUCAUUUAUUGAAGAAACGAAAACCUUUUAUACUGUCUACGGUGAAAACACAUACGCUUACAGGCAGGUAGAGGUACAUUUCCCACAUUUCAGGGUUAAGAGAAAGCAAGGCACGAAGCAACAUUGACAAUCAUGCAGGGCUGAUGAGGGAAAGUGGAAACAGGUGAGCAGGUGGAUGUGAGACACAGGGACAGGUGGGAGAGUCUGAGGGUAUCUGGUGGAUGGAUGGAAAAUGGCAGUUCCAUGGCCUGGGAGAAGUGAGAAGCUUGAAUCCCUGUUGUUACUACCCUUGUCAGAACGUAGGAGUGUGUGUGAGAUUUGGUGCAGACCGCUACGAAUGUGACUGCACUCGCACAGGCUUCUAUGGAGACAACUGUACUGUUCCGGAGCUCUGGACCAGAGUUCGUCUCAUGCUGAAGCCGAGGCCUGCGACGGUUCACUUUAUCCUCACCCACUUCCAGUGGUUCUGGGACAUCGUCAACAGCUCUUUCCUGCGUGGCACAUUCAUGAGAUUAGUGCUGACGGUCAGAAGCGACCUUAUUCCAAGCCCUCCAACCUACAAUUCUAAAUAUGGAUACCUCAAUUGGGAGUCCUACUACAACAUCUCCUACUACACCCGUCUCCUCCCUCCUGUACCUGAAGACUGCCCUUUGCCGAUGGGAACUAAAGGUAAACCUGAUCUUCCUGAUCCCAAAGUGUUGGCCGAGAGGUUUUUUAAGAGAAAGAAAUUCAGGCCAGAUCCUCAGGGAACCAACCUGAUGUUUGCCUUCAUGGCCCAACACUUCACCCACCAGUUUUUCAAGACAAACAAGGAAGUUGAAGAUGGUUUCACUAAGGCUUUAGGCCAUGGGGUAGAUGCGAGCAAUAUCUAUGGAGACAACCUGAUACGACAGCUUCAACUCCGGCUUCAUCAAGAUGGAAAGCUAAAAUAUCAGUUGAUACAUGGUGAGAUGUACCCCCCUACUGUAUCUGAUGUCCCUGUGCACAUGGUGUAUCCUGAACACUUCCCCCCAGAGAAGCGUCUGGUCACUGGUCAUGAGGUAUUUGGCCUCCUGCCGGGCCUCACCAUGUACGCCACCAUAUGGCUGAGGGAGCAUAACAGAGUCUGUGACAUCCUGAAGGCAGAACAUCCCACCUGGGACGAUGAGCAGCUCUUCCAGACCACCAGACUCAUCAUGAUUGGAGAGAUCCUCAACAUUAUAAUCGAAGAGUACGUGCAGCAUCUGAGUGGUUACCUGCUGAAACUGAAAUUUGAUCCCGCCCUGCUCUUCAGCGUACGUUUCCAGUACAGCAACCGCAUCGCUCUGGAGUUCUGCCACCUCUACCACUGGCAUCCACUGAUGCCUGACAGCUUCCUCAUCGACGGAGAUGAAAUCCCAUACUCCCAGUUUAUUUACAACACCUCCCUCAUCAUGCACUAUGGGGUGGAGAAACUAGUGGAUGCCUUCUCCCAACAACCUGCAGGACAGAUAGGUGGAGGUCGCAACUCUCAUGCGGUAGUGCUCAAAGUGGCAGAAAUGGUCAUCAGAGAGUCUCGAGCAACACGUGUGCAGCCCUUUAAUGAAUACAGGAAGAAGUUUAACCUGAAGCCAUACACAUCUUUUUAUGAAUUUACUGAUGACAUAGAGAUGGCCAGAGGUUUAGAGGAGCUCUAUGGUGACAUAGAUGCUCUGGAGCUCUACCCCGGCGUCCUGCUGGAGAAAACCCGUCCUAACAGCCUAUUUGGUGAGAGUAUGGUGGAGAUGGGUGCUCCAUUUUCCCUGAAAGGCCUGCUGGGAAACCCCAUCUGCUCCCCUGAGUACUGGAAGCCCAGCACCUUUGGGGGAGAGACGGGCUUCAAUAUCGUCAAAACUUCCACUCUGAAGAAACUGGUGUGCCUCAACACCAAGUGGUGUCCAUACGUGGACUUUCAUGUUCCACGAAAAGAGGAGGACACAAAACCAAGAAAAUCACCCACUGAACUUUAAUGAGUAUUUCAUUAAUCACAAUCAGUUUAUUACUAUACUGACUGUGGGAGACAUAGUAGUUGUCAAUGUGUUGUAAAUUCUUGUCAUAUUCUCAUUCAGACCAUAUGUAUUGCUGUUGGGGAGAAAGGGUGACUUUUAUACUACAUGUGCUAAUGCAGUGGUUUUAUUCCUGGCUUCAGUGAAUGACAUACUCUGCAUUUAAGCAGGUCUACCUCCAAAAAAUACAGCUGACAAAUUCUAUAGUUUCCGGAGAAUGAAAAUUCCUCUAGACCUCGGAGAAGUAUUUUAAUUUGCUAAUGAUGAAACUCAGUAUAACUUUUUUGUUUGGGUUUUUGUUUUUUCCCCUCUUCUUUUCAGAGUAAAGGUAUUGUAUCACUAUAUCUUCUUGAAUACCAACAAUUAAAUUACGUUACUGUACAGAUGACCUGUUCAAAGAAGAGAAUGAAUACACUGUAUUUUAAAUUGCCAAAAAUAAAAGUAAGAAAUAGUUCAUGAAUUAUAAGUAAUGAUCUGCAGACAGUUAUUAUUGUUGCAUAUUAGAAGAAACCCAUGUCAUUUAGGUCAAAAUUACAUUCAAUCAAUGUUUAUAAUCUGUACAAAAGAAAAUGUUGCAAUUCAAAAAUAAAAGUUGGCCACUA